UUCCCCUGAUAAGAAAAAACAUGGCUUCUUGACUCCCUCAUAAACAAUCACAAUGCAGUGAAAUAUCUAUGGCAAAAAGGUAGUAUUAGUAUUGGUUAGGGUGAAAUUUUUUUUUUACAUUAUCAUUAUCUAUUUUCUUUUUGUUCCCAAUUUUAAAAUUCUUUUCACAACAAGGUUACUUUAAUUGGUAUCAUAAACGGCUUAACUAUGGAGUGUUCUUGAAUUUAGUCAGAAUAUAAUAUUUAAAUUUAAAAUUUAAUUAAUUUAAAGUUAUCAUUAUUAAGGCCAAGGCUAAGGUCAACUAAGGAGAUGAGUAGGCUCAGUCGGAUCAAACAUAACUUAUAACUUUUUAGGUAAAUUUAAUCAGUUAUGAUUUUGAGAUGCCCAAAUGAUUUAUAUCCUUUAAGAUGAUGAUAAGAUAAAGGCAUAAAGUAGGUGAUAUUAUAAUUAUACUUAUAGGUAAACCCUUAUUUUAGUGCGUUUUAUUAUUUCUAAAUAAAGGAUUACCUUAUAUUACCAAAAUUAUAUACCACAUCAUUUGGUAUAAUUAUAAUAGAAAUAGAAUUAGAAUUUAGAAAUUAUAAAAUGUUUAUAAUUUUAUGAGUAUCAGUGGUAUAGGAAGGGGCAUUGGUGGGGGGCACUACUGCUUUUCUUUAUAUUUUGUCCAACUGCAUUUAUUAGUUAUAUUACUAAAUAUUUAGGUGGCCUAAUUUAGAAUAAAACAAAACUUAGCCAAAGGACAGAAAGGAACAUGCCAAACCUUUUUUUUUCCCCCAGAAAUGUAUCACGAUGCAUGCUUUCACUAGAGAAAUGCUCAAGCUGUGGUAUCCUUUCAAGAUCCUCCAAGGGAUUAAUUAGCAUUAAGGAUGAAUACCAAGGUUAAAUCUGCACCAUCAGGGGGAGCUUCAAGAUCAUUGGGAAGACAAGUUGGUGGUAUUCCCAUUAGUUCUAGAUCAACUGUCGCUCAAACCCAGCUGAAGUCAAUACCUCUUCCUCCAAAACUACCAAAACCAAAAAGGUAUGAGUAAUAUUGAUGUCUAAAUUUUCAUUAAUUUGGAAUACAAGUUUAUAAAAUGAUUAUUUCAUCUACUGUACAUUUUGUAUAUUCCUGUAUACUCAAAGAGCUAUACAUAAAUAAGGCAUAUUAUUAAAAAAAUUUUAUAAAUUUAUUAUCUAUAAAAUAUUUAUAAUUUCCUCCAUGAAUUUUUUCUGAUAGUUUUCUAAUCUACUUUACUGUUAAUUUUACAUGAAUGCAACAAUAGUUUUGGAAAUUGUUGUAACUUUGUCCUUGUAAUAUUAGAAAUAAUUUUCUUGAUAACUACUAAAGCAUUUUAAAAUUUCUUUUUUUUCUCCUUUUACAGUAAUGAAAGACCUCUAAAAAAGAGCCAUUCCAAUGGUUCAUUGUUUACAUCAAAGAACUUGGAUAGCUUUAAAUCAGAUAAAUCAAAUUCAGCAAAACAGUUGGGAAGGAACCUCCCUUUGGGUGCAGCAUUAACAGUAGGAGGACAUGUGGAUAUUAAUUCAGAACACCCUAUGGUUCAACCACCAAGUGCUGAAAGUCUGAAGUCUACAAGAUCCUUUAACUCAGGCCAAAAAGCGAUAGACAUUAGUGAGAUAGUGAGUCCAAUUUAAAACAAUUUCUUUAAGCUCUUUCUGAAAAGAAUGAAGAAAAAAGGCAAACUGAGAUAUUUAAAAGUGACUUCUUGUUACAAUCUUGAUGCUCAAUUUUUAAUGAACCAUAUAGCAGACACAUAGAGCAGAGAUGCAUUAUAUAUAUAAUCACAAUGGGAAAUCUUUUAUUCAUAUUGGGUCAUCAGUUAAAGCAUUAACUAGAGGAUCUAAUCCAGUCUUUAAGGGUUACUCUUAGGGCUUUUCGUGUCAUUGAACACAAUCAAACGGAACACUUUCACCUUUUUCAAUGGAUUUUCCAAGAAACUUUUUAACAUUUGAUGUUUGGUCCACGUUAACUUGAAUCGCCCUGUGAAGUGUUCCCAGAAACUCUAGAGCAGCGGUUCUCAACCUGUGGGUCGACACCCCUUUGGAGGUCCAACAGCCCUUUCAUUGGGGUCGCCUAAGACCAUCCAAAAAUCAUGAUGGAUCUUUUGGACUUAUUUAGUCUUCAGCAAUCAGUCGACCAGCCGACUCAUAAUCGUGGACAUGUUAUUGAUUGGGUGCUAAAAAUAGGCCUUAGGAUGGUGUAGUUACCUCUACUUCAAUUACUUAAGAGCUGUCCUCAGACUACUUCUGUGUUGUUUGCCAGCUUAGUGUUAGUUUAGAAGUGCUGUGCUUGACCAGCAUGCCCCUGUUAUCCGCCAAAUUGUUAGGUGAGAACGGUCAGCUCCCUGAUAUGCAACCAUCAGAGAAGAACUGGGAAGUGCCAAGAAAGAGCAUCCAAAUGCAGAAAAGAAGUUGUUGAGGUCGGGCCUUACUGUUUAUAAGGUGAUCUAUUCUGCUGCCAAGAAACGUGUGACUCAGAUUAUUUAUCGUGCUGAGUCUUUGUAUUUUAGUAAUAAGAUUAUUAUGGGUAAAACCAGCAGCCUGUUGUUUGACAUCUGUAGUCACCUCACAGGAAGUAACAAAGUAACUGUUCUUCCUUCAGUUUAUCCAUUGGUUUAUCCUAUGGUUCUACUGGAUUGAUUCAUUCGUCAAGCUCUUUCAUGCGUUGUACUAUUCUUACUAUCACUGAAUAAACUCAAGUCCUUUUCAUAAUAAUUAUAACUUUAAUAUCUAAGUAUAUACUUUACACACAUGAAUGUAGCGCAGCUUGCUAUCAGAGAUAAAUAAUACACAUUCUACUUCUACAAAGUUCCAUUCACCACUCCCGCACGAGUCAAGGUCGGGAAGAGUGCUCACUAACUAAUUAAAACUCUCAAACACACACCGCACGCAGUGAACAUAAUAUUCAAGCGCAACAAUUCUCAAUGAACUCCCAUACUUGACACAUUGCCCAAGAAACCAGUUAUUUAUAAUAAUUUUUUCACAUGCAAAGUAGCUGAAAUUCAUGUUGAGCUUGAUCAUCUUGACAUAUCGCCCCUUGACCCGCCUCAUAGAUGUUUUUAAUCCAGUUUCAGAACAAGAGGUCAAUAGUAUUAUUCUAAAAUCUAAACCUACGUCAUGUUCUCUCGACCCCAUUCCCACUCCACUUGUGGGUGAGUCAUUGGAUCAAUUUCUCCCAGUGAUAACUUAUAUAGUCAAGGAGAGCUUGUCUUCUGGCAUUGUUCCCUCUCUUUGUAAGACAGCUGUCAUCAAACCAUUACUAAAGAAGUCUGGUCUUAAUCAAAAUAAUUAAAAAAAACUAUAGACCUAUAUCUAAUUUAUCAUUUUUAUCUAAAGUCAUUCAAAAACUAUUUCUAAAUCAGCUUUUUGCUUACUUGAAUAACUCUCUUCUCAGUCCUAAUCAGUCGGCCUACAGACCUUUUCACUGCACAGAGACAGCUCUCUUGAGAGUCAGCAGUGACCUCUUCCUUGCAUUGGACAGUAGUUAUGUCUCCAUCCUGAUCCUCUUAGACCUCAGAGCGGCUUUGAUACCAUUGACCAUCAAACCCUUUUCAAAACCCUUGAAUAUUUUUUUUGCAUUUCUGGUUCAGUUUUGGCUUGGUUUUGGUCCGACCUCUCUGGUAGAACGCAGGCGGUCGCUGUUGAUUGCUGUCUCUCCGGUAGUGCUGACUUGGUGUAUGGAGUGCUGCAGGGGUCCGUUUUGGGUCCCGUCCUAUUCACAAUGUAUACCAGGCCACUUCUCCUCCUGUUUGGGAGGCAUGCUGUUGAGAGCCAGUCAUUCGUAGAUGACUUGCAGCUAUACAAGUAUACCUAUCCGUCUCUUGCCAAUUCUGCUAUCCACACCUUGCAAGAGUGCAUUGGUGAUGUCAUGUCAUGUAUGAUGACAAAACGGAAGCACUCCUCAUUCACAAUCAAGAAUCAUCCUCUAACUCAGCUCUCCCCAUCUGGUUUCAAGUAGGUAGCUCCAAUAUAGAGUUGUCUUCCUCUACUAGGGAUCUAGGUUAAAUUCUUUCUGACAACAUGUUUCUCAAUAAUCAUAUUUCUCACAUCUGUCGCUCUGCGUACACCACUAUUUGUCAGCUCAGCUCCAUCAGCCACUACCGCUACAAAAACACUAGUCUGUGCUCUUGUUUUCUCGCAUCUUGACUUUUGUAACUCUCUUCUGUCAGGUUCACUUUAACAUUUCAUAGAAAAACUGCAGAAAGUUGAAAACUGAGCUGAUAGGUUAGUUCUAAAGGCAAAGAAACGUGAUCACGUCACUCCACUACUUCACUCACUUCAUUUGUUCCCUAUACAGGCAUGCAUUGAUUACAAGCUGUCUGUUCUGUGUCACAACUUUUUCUUUUGUUCUUGCCCUUCCUAUCUUUUUGAACUUCUUACUGUCUAUUCACUCCUUUGAAAGCUUUGUUCCUCUGCAGAAACGCGUGUUCUUUCUGUUCCCAGAACACACACUUAAACAUGAGGUGAACAAUCUUUCUCUUACUGUGCCCCAAAACAAUUGAAUUCUCUCCCGUUACACAUCCACAAUACAAUGACCAUUACAGCCUUCAAACUGCCCUCAAGACCCAUCUCUUCAAACUGUACUAUACUCAUUCUCACCCCCCUUUGACUGAUAAACAAUGCACGAUGCUGCUGGUUGCUAUCUAUGGCUAGACAGGGGUAGAUAUUACUUGGGUGGGUGAGGUCAAGCUUUUCACAAAUUAUUGUUUUUAAAUGUCUACGUUUCUGUAAUUGCUAAUUUUUAUGUGAAGCCCAGCGAGCCUAGUCCUAGGCUGGGGUACUACAGUGAGCCUAGCCCUAGGCUGGCGUACUACAGUGAGCCUAGCCCUAGGCUGGGGUACUACAGUGAGCCUAGCCCUAGGCUGGGGUACUACAGUGAGCCUAGCCCUAGGCUGGGGUACUACAGUGAGCCUAGCCCUAGGCUGGGGUACUACAGUGAGCCUAGCCCCAGGCUGGGGUACUGCAGUGAGCCUAGCCCUAGGCUGGUGUACUACAGUGAGCCUAGCCCUAGGAUGGGGUACUACAGUGAGCCUAACCCCAGGCUGGAGUACUACAGUGAGCCUAGCCCUAGGCUGGGGUACUAAAGUGAGCCUAGUCCUAGGCCGGGGUACUACAGUGAGCCUAGCCCCAGGCUGGGGUACUACAGUGAGCCUAGCCCUAGGCUGGGGUACUACAGUGAGCCUAGCCCUAGGCUGGGGUACUACAGUGAGCCUAACCCCAGGCUGGAGUACUACAGUGAGCUUAGCCCUAGGCUGGGGUACUACAGUGAGCCUAGCCCCAGGCUGGGGUACUACAGUGAGCCUAACCCCAGGCUGGGGUACUACAGUGAGGCUAGCCCUAGGCUGGGGUACAGCGCUAUAUAAAACCACCUAAUAAUAAUAAUAAUAAUAUACUCUACAGUUAUGAAGUAGCAACGAAAAUAAUUUUGUGGUUGCAGGUCGCCACAACUUGACGAACUGUAUUAAAGGGUAGCGGCAUUAAAAAGGUUGAGAACCACUGCUUUAGAGCACCUGUUGACUGAAUGCCCUGCACUAGAUGUUGCGGGAGUCGUGAGGGCGGCUGGAGAGACCUGCCUUACGACAAUGUUAUAUGGCAAAGCCCAGCAGAUGGCGCUAGUUGCCAAUUUACCAGCUGGGGCUUUAAUAACGUGCACCCCCUCCCCCCACUAAUCCUUAAACCCCUGGGUCCCAGGUUAACCCCAGAAAAGUCUGGUCAUUGUAAUGUACCAUGAUUGAAUAGUGUCAUAGGAAGUGGGGUGCUUAGGGGGCGGUCCACCCUGGACGCCACUAAGACCUGUGUCCUUAUAUUGAGGGGUGGUAUUUUUGAUCAACUGCAGUUUUUUUGUGGAAGGGGAGGGGGGGCAGAAAAAAGCUCGACCUGCCCUGGGUGGCACUAACCCUAGCUAUGCUAAUGUAUGGAACAAAAAAUAAUUUCUUGUUAAAAAAAAAAUCUUUGGUGAAUUAAAUUUUUUUUUUACUCAUCCACCUCUGCUACUAAUAAGAAGGCCAGAAUAUUAACAGACAUGACAGAGAACAAAAUAAAGCUGCCUGUUGAUAUUUCUGAAACUGGUAUUAAGAAGCAAAGCCGUACUACAAAUGACUGGCUGGACUGCUGGACCUAUAAGAAAAUAUAAAUAAGGGGUGAUCCAUAAAUGACCUUACGCUAUUUUGGCCCAUUUUAGACCCCUCCUUCAUCCAUCAUCACUCCAUACACAAAUUUGUCACACAAUUUAGAAACUCUCAUUAUCUUGUCACACAAUUUAGAAACUCUCAUAAUCAAUCAUCAAAAAAUUGGUUAAAUACCCCCCCCCCCCCCCAUUCCCCUUUAGAGAAAAUGGUGACAUUGGACAAGAUUCACUUUUCGUCUUCUCAACCCUGAAACCCAUUAUAACCCAUUAUAUAGUACAAUCAAAGCCCAUAUUGGGGCGCCCACUAGCUGUGUGCCGGGGGGACAUCUGUCCCCCUCUGACGAUCCUCAGCUAUGCUCUUUUCCUUUCUUCACUGAUGCGUAUCAUCCUGAUUGGUGGCCCCUCAAUGAUUAAAAAAAUUAGUACUCCAUACCAAGACACACACUCAUUGAACAAAUCAUAUUUCUCCUUGAAAAACAGGAAAUAACUGAUUUUUGGGGGGUUAGGGCUGAAAAUUUGAUAGAUUGUGCUGUCAUCGGAAUGUGUUUUCAAGUGCCAAGGUUUAGCUCUAUAAGAUGAAGGGAAGUGGGUCAUUUAGCCUUACAAAGGAUACAGUUCUUAACAAACAAUUUCACAAUAUUUCCUUCAUCUUCCCCUUUGAUUAGGAAAAACUUAUUUUUUGGUGUGGGGCUAGGGGCUGAAAAUUUGAGAGAGUGUGUUGUCAUCGGAAACAAGUCUUUGUGCCAAGUUUUAGCUUGAAUAGGAGGAUGGAAAGUGGUUCAGUUACCUUGCCCUUGAAAAACUUAUUUUUGUGGAUGGUGGGCUGGGGCUGAAAAUUAGAUAGGAUAUGUUGUCAUCGGUAGUGAUUCUAUGUGCCAAGUUUCUUCUCGAUAGGAUGAUGGGAAGUGGAUCAUUUAGCCUUCCAAAGAUUUUGCCACAAACACAAGCGAAGUUAAUUGAAAGGAUUUCAAAAUAGUUAACCAGAUAGAACGUUAGCUAUGUAUAAACUGUUGUAAAUAGUUAUUUUAAUUGACACAUAUUAUAAUAUGUCUAUAAUAGAGGGCUUGUGAAAACUCAUUCUGCUCAUGUUUAUGUUGUGGUAAGACAAGGGGGCGGACAUGGUGAGUUGAUGGCCCCCAAAGGGAGAGGGGUGGCUGGAAAAAGUUUCAGAACCUUGGUUUAAUGUUUUGUUACAGACUUACCAUUUGAAAAGUUUAGGUCUCUUAUGAAAAUACUUUUGAAACCUCUUAUUUUUCUUUUAGCUGAAGAUAUGCCAGGAAUCUGAUACUUCAAAGGUGUUCGAAAUUGAUCUACAUGGUCAAAAUUUGACUUCAUUUCCCGACUUUCAACAAUUUCCAAAGCUAAAAAUCCUGGAUUUAUCAGGAAAUCAUCUCAAUUCAAUAUCAGGUCUUCAGGCGACCAAAGUAAGUAGAAUAAAAUGUUUUCUGAAACCUGUUGUCUAAAAUUUUGUUUAUGAGAGCGGUAGUGAUUUGUUAAAUGGUUUCAGUCUUGUGAGAUCAGUUCAUGAAUAUUUGGUCCAUUGGUCUCUGUUCAAAGAAGAAAUUUUAAAAUUUUGAUGCCACUAAAAUUACAUACCUAUUAUAUUAUUCAUGUGAUUUUUCCAAUCAGGAACUUAAAGAGCUAAAGCUGUAUGACAAUGAUAUUACAGAAAUAGAUGGCCUCAACAAGUAGGUUAAUAGAAACUCAGUAAUCUUAUUUAAUUAUAAAAUAGUAACUGCAAUUUCCUAAACAAUGGUUUUUGUGUGUUACUAUGAUCUUCUUUAUGUAAACAUCUUAUUGGAUUUGUAAGUAGGCCUUUAUUUAAAUGUAAUUAAUUGAAAAUGAAUUUUGCUAUGGUCUUAACUCCAACCCCCUCCCACACUUUUAAAUUUUGUUUACAUAGAUUGAGAGACUUGUGCACUUUACUUCUGCAACACAACAAGAUUUCUAAAAUAGGUAAACAUUUUAUAUUAUUUCCUGAUAACAUAUAAAAACUAGAAAAUAAAAUCUGUUACCUAGAAAUGUACUUCUUUGAAUUUAUUUUUUGAGUUUUGACAUUAAAAUAGUGUACACUCUUAAAAGACCUGGAUGUUUCGUUUUUUAUUAAGGUCAAGGUUUAGUUAGUUUAAGAAAUCUGCAGAUGCUUCGCCUUGACAAUAAUAGAAUUACUGUGAUAGAACCUCGAGAGCUUGUUAGCUGUGCUAAUAUAACAUCACUGGAUUUGAGUGGCAACAAAUUGGAAUCUUUGUCAGUAAGUGAAUAACUAAAUGCUAGUCACUUCAAUUUUAAACAUAUUCCAUAAGACACUUAGGUUUAAAAGUCAGUCUCUACUUUGUUCAAUAGCUAGGUAUAUUUUACAGUUAUUAUUCAAUCAUAAUUUAUUUCGUUAUACAAUAAUUACAAUACUAUUAUUUAAACAAGUUAUACAAUUGCAAUACAAUUAUUUUAAAAAAAUAAUGUCACUUGAAUAAUUAUCUAUUGAUGCUGUUAUUUUCCUUGGUAUUGUAAGCCAAUUUAUAAUAAAUAAAAAAGAAGUUAAGUUGAUGAUGCCAAUACUGGAAUUCAAAUUACAUUGAUAUUUAAGUGCAUAUUCCAUAGUAUUUACUUAAUUGUCUUUAAAAUUUGUGUUUAAUAUUUAAAAUUUGUUGUUGUUAAAAAAAACAACUUUUUAUUUGAAAAAAUGCUUUAUUUCAUAGUAAUUAUCUGCACAUCUCACUUUUUAUGUAGGCUGUUAGUAAUUUACCGAACCUCCAAGAGCUCUUCGCCUCUGGAAAUUGUUUUAAAAAGUCAAGUGACAUUACAAAGUGCAAGAAACUUCAGGAAGUUGAUCUCUCCAGAAAUUUUCUGACAGAUUUAUCUGGCUUAGCUAAUCUACCAAACCUACAGGUGCCUAAUUAAAUUAUUUCUUCUUCUUUAUAUUAAGGGCCCAUGAUCAAUUUAUUGAUCAUUUUGGCUCCUAUGCAUGUAGAGGAGAUUUGUAAUGUUUCUGUGCCUGGUGUUGAUAAGGAUAUUUCACCCUGCCCUGAAAAAUGGAUAUCUUUCAUGACGGGAUAGGCUGUGCUCAUCAUGUUGGUCCUCAGAAGGAACUCAGCCUCCCAGUACUCUCUGCUGUCACCAUAGACCGACUGCAACUGCUGAUUGAGUAUGUCAGCCUGUGCUUUUGCGUCAUAUGCCAAUUGACUAUCAAACCUCAGGGGGGAAAUUCCAGCGUUUGAGGACUUUUGGUGCUUCACAUAGCUCCAGAAGGGCUUGUUCUUGACACCCUUGGUUGCAUUAUUAAUGUAGUGAAGAUUUCUUGUUAAAGCAAUAACAAAUUACUUAAUAUUUUAAUAGGUUAAAAUGUUAAAAUAUAUACAUUUUACAAACAUCAUUUGCACAUGAUUACAGAUAACUACACAUUUUUUAGUACAUACAGCUGAUUAAGUAACAUUUGCACAUAAAAAUAUGAUUCAUCUAAUUAAAAGAACAGUGAAAAACAAACAACAUUUGAAGUGUUCAUAGUCAUUUAAUGAUUUAGGUUUGUCUAUUUAAAAAAAAAUGAAAUAAAAAAAAAUAAAAUUCUAAUAAUAAAAAGCCACAAAAAUAUUUAUUUAAAUUAACAAAAACCUGAAAAUAUUUUUGAAUAAACUAUUUGAGCCUUAAUGCUUAUUUUCUAAAAUAUAGUAAUUCUUUAUUUCAGAUUCUAGAUGUUUCCAGUAAUCAGCUCACAACACUUAGAUCUCUCAAGAAGUUGAUGUCAGUAACUUUUAUCUCAAUCUAGAAGUUUUUUUUUUUGGUAGUUUUAUAAAUACUCCCGUUUUUUCAUGCUGAUCAUUCCGUUAAGUACCAUGAUUCAAAAUUGUAUAGUUUUAGAAAAAUUGUUUUAAGACAACAGUCAUAUCUUAAAUAGAAUUUCUCAUUUCCCAGAGUUUCGCUUAUCCGGGGAAAACAGGAAUAAAGUUUUCCUCAUCCUGAUUUCCUGGUAAAUCUCAGGAUAGAAUUCAUGUCAUUAAAAAUCUAUUAUAAACUUAAUCAAACCAGAAAAGAGUUAAUUUUUUAUAGUUGUUUAAUUGUUAUUUUCUAUUAAUGAAUAAAAAAACAAUGUUAAUGUUAGUUGAGAGGCUGGUCUCUUGCUGCUAGUUGCCUCAUUUUCAAUUGCUUAACCCUAGCAGUGGGCAACUAGCUGUUAAUGUGCUUGUUAAGUAAAAAUUGUAUGCAACCACCUGUAGAAAAAAACCACAACACUUCAUGAGUUUUGCAUUCUCUACAGGUUGCUAAUUCUAGUUUCAAAUCCGUUACUAAAUAUGUACCAACAAAUGUUUCUAUAAUUUGUAACAAGAGGUUCCUUUUAAAUGAAAAUAAACAAUUAGGAAUGAUAUCUUUAUUUGUAUAUGUCUUACUAUGUGGAUUUGGGAAGAAAAAACACAGCAUCCUAUAAAAUAUCAUAAAGAUUAUUUGACACAUGACGCCUUGGAAUAAUAAAGUUACGAGAGCACAGGUUUUCAGUGCAUGGCUGACAUUACAAUAAAAUCUUGGGAUUAAAUAUGUCUCCAAUAACAUUAUGUUUGAAAAUUAAGUUUUAAUAUUUACUCCUUUCCAAGAAUUUAUCCUAUUUAAAAGCUUUUUUCCCAUUAUAAUGUCGUAAGGGUUACUUUGCUUCUAUUUAAAUGUGCUGGGUGGCCAAAGUGAUCUAAACUGAGCCAAUCCCAAGCUUGUGGUUAAAGCCUAGACAAGCGAAAACAACACCAGCACCCCAGGUGGAUGGGACCCAUUAACAUUGGGUGGCAACUCAUCUAAGAGAAGGCAAACUCUGAAAUCAAACCUGGAAAUGGAUUUUCUAAGGGGUAUGACAUGAACACAAAGAAAUUUAUGACAACUCCUGUGAUAACCACAGUGAGGUACAAGAAACAAUGCUGGCCAUCCACUGCAUCCUGGUCUAUUUCUAUUUGUUUUGGCUAUGUCUUGGAUCAAACAGGCACUUAUGUGAGAGUGAGGCUGACGAACUGAGCAGCUCUCCUUCACUUUGAACAAGAUACAGCUCAAGACAAGGCAAUUACUCAAGUCAAUGCCUUGGUCAUCUUGGCAUGCUAAGGACCAACAAUAUAUGAAUGUCUUCGCGACUUGAGAACCUAUGUACUUGAGUUACUGAGCUUAGUAAUUCAGCACAGUUAACUAUAUGUUACAGGUCCUGGCUUAAAGUUAAAUAUGUGACAAUCUGUUACUUAAUGAAAUUUAAAAAAAAACAAGAAAAUUUUAUUCUAAAAGUGUAGACCUGGGAUUUCCUAUGAUGGUAAAAUUCCUGGGAAGUCUUUGAUUUCUCAAAAUCGUGCAGGAUCCCGGGAGAGAAACUCUAAUCUUAAUAAAUCACACAAAUUUCUUCUUUCACUUUGUAAUGUACUUUUAAGGACAUUUUUUAAUUAUGUAAGAAACAAAAGUGAAGGCAUAUUUACCUGUAAUAUUUUUCUAUAAUUUUUUUUUUUGUGUACUGUAUCCUGUACAGAUCCCUUGAGGAGCUAAACAUCAACAGCAACAGAGUAGCAGAAAUGGGUUAUUUUGUGGACAUGUUUCCAAAACUUCAACUUCUGUAUUUCAUGGAUAAUAAGAUUGACAAAUGGGAAGAAAUAGUGAGUCUGUUAACAUUAUACCUGUGCUUUUUAAAUACAAUUUUGUUAUCUAAAAAUAACUUCUCAGUUCAUUUGUUAAAAAAGCAACAAAUAAAAAAAAUUGUGAAUAUGUUUAGUUACUUAUGUCUUUUAAACGGCUGGGAGCAUGGCAUUCAUCUCGAUCCUGUUGCUGUUGCUUCCAGGUGUAUCCAAUACUUUUUGUGCCUGCCUCUAGCUUGAGUCUCCAUGUAUUCUUUGGCCUUCCCCUUUUUCCUUUUCCUUGUGGAUUCCAUGUUAGGGAUUUUCUGGUCUUUAGUUAGCUUAGAAGCUAUUUUCUACAUAAUUAAUGGCUAAAGUUAUGUAAUGACUUUUGUUUUUUUAAAUUAAACUUUAUUGCAAAUAAGUAACUCAACCAUAUCUGUUUCAGUUUUUCUUAUCUAAACUCCCAGACCUUUUUGAAAUGUAUAUGACUAACAACCCUGUCAACAUAGAGGACCAGGAAAUACUCACCUAUCAUAAAAAAAUCUGGAAAGCCUUCCCAAUUUUGGAAGUUUUAGAUGGGGUAAGAUUUUCUUGUUCACAUCCAAUAGGCCUACUUGUUGGUGGAUGGCUAAAUAUUGACAAGUAGCAAAUAAUUUUUCAUUCUUUGAAUAAAGCUAACACUCAAUUUGCAUUAUUCAAAGUGCACUCUUUUUGAAUGGAAAUUAUCUCUCCAUGGUCUCCAUUUUGAACACGUGUAUCAGCUUUCAAUGUAAAAGAAACAAAACCAUUCUAUAAGAGCCAGUGGUGUAGUUAUGCCAUUGUGCUCCUGGGAAAAAAAUGUGGUGUAGCUUUUAUGUGACUUCAUAUAAUGAUUUAGUUUUUAAAUUUCCUUACUUGAUAUAAAAUUUGUAUGAGUGGGUCCUUGAGAAUUAUAGGCAGCUUGGACUAAGGCAUCAAUUAGUCAGUGUUAAAUGAUAACUUCUGUGUGUAUUCACGAUAUUAAUAAUAAUAAUUAUAAUUUUAUACUUAACUAGAUUCUAAAUUAUGAUAAACAUCAUUUUAAUAACUUUGACACUGUAUUGUUUUGCUAAAUGUAACUCUACAGGUAUUUAUUGUCAUUGUUUGCAGAGCCAACUGCUCAAUAGUAUUUUUUUAAGGAUUGCACCACUUUUAAAUACUUUGUGAAAGCUGAUGUAUAAAGAAAAAGGAUUAUUAUUAAGCUUCAAUAAAUGACAUCAAACAUUAUUAACUAAAAAAAGUUGACUUCUAUCCUGAAGAUUUUAAUUUAUAUUGAAAUGAAUAAAAUUGUUUCAUCUGAUACAAAUUGUCUGGUACCUGUAUUUGCAAGGUCCAUAGAAGACUUCCUGGUAGCAAACAAGACAGUGGGGCUCCAGUCAUGCGGCCUUUAUCUGCAUCUAGUAGUAAGUUAAAUAACAUUUUAUAUACAUUAUCCAGUCCUGCCUUUAUUUAAUUUGUGUCUCUUCAGUUUUGACAAUAUGUAGUGCAUGAUUCUCAUUAAUUAAAGUAUAUAAAUUAUUUUGAAAUAGAAAAAUUAAGUUUCAAGCGAGUGAAGGAUGAAUGAUUUCUCAUUUACCAUAUAUUGUUUAUAAAAGAAAAUGUAGUAUAAAAACAUUAACUUGCAACUUUGAAAGUUUAAAAAUAUACAUUAACCUUUUUUUAAAAUAUUAAUCACUGGUUGAUUUGUUGUAAUGCUAGAUACCGUAUGAAAAUUACAGGAUAGUUUUACACUUUUGAAAUAAAUAAAUACAAAAAUUUGUGGCUUAAUGUACCUGCAUGUCAUCAUUGAAAGGCCCUCAUCUCCCCCUUCACAAUUCUCAUUGCUGCUCUUUUUAAAAUAUUUUUUCAAGUUAUCAGUGUCCGCCAAGUGGAUUCCCAGAUGAAAUCAGCUUACCAAGAAGAGGAAAUGCUCCAUAAAAGUAUCCAGGAAAAGUGUGUACAAGUUUUUCAUCUUUCAUAUUAUAACACGUGAAAUUUCUUUGUACAGAUUUCAUUUAUAUAUAAUGUAUACACUUAGGGAGGGGGUGGUAAGAUUAUGCGUGCCUUUAGUGAGUCCAGAAUGGCUCUUGACAAAUUUGUUCCUAUGAUAAAUUAUGUCAUUAAUAAAAUCUAAACACUCUUAUCAUCAUUGAAAUGAAAAAAAAAGAAAAAACAACUUUUCUACAAACAAUGUCAUAAGAUUGAUGUCUUAGAAACAAUGUCUUAGAUUGAUUGUUUUCAUCAAUUUAUUACAAAUUAGUGUAAACAUUUUCACAAAGUUUGGUUGCUGUUUGUGUUUCAUUUUUUUCUAGUAUGAGAUGGAAAAAAAAUUAGUUUCGAUCUGUAUCAAAGUUGACAUAUUUAUUGGGGAUGACUUGUAAGUUUUUAUUUGGCUUUUAAAAAUCCAAGAGAAAAAAAUGUUUUUUUUGGAUAGGCUUAGGGGACUGCAAAGGUACACUGUAUAUGGUAAGCCCCAUGUUGGUGAAUGUUAUAAUAUAGGGGUAACAUCCAGAUCUUAGGUAAUAUUUUGUGUAAAAUAUUUUGUGACAAUAGUAAAUAGGGAUAAUGUUUUGUUUUCACAAUGCUGAAUACUCAAAUGGCAAUUUCACCAAAUUAUGCUUUUAAUGUUGUAUCAAUUUUUUUUUGCUUCAUUAAUUUUCACUUUUAAUUAUCCUCUGUUGGAUUUUUAAAAAAAAACAGGCUCACAUCCCUGCAACACCUGGUCCACAAUCUCAAACACUCUGAAGGGUUCCAGGACACUGAAUGCGUAGAUUCAUCAAGAGGUUUAGAUGGAUUACCCCCCUUGGCAGAGCGACCAGAUUCCCAAAUUUCAAUUCCGUCAACUGAGCCUGACAGAGUAAAGGCAAAGGAGCUAACAACUGGUUCUUUAAGGUCGUCACCUGAGAGUGAAGAAACUUCAGCCUCCAGCAGAUGUAGCAGGUGAGAGAUUGUUCCUGGUAAAGUAAAGGCCAAUGUUAAGUUACAGAGGAAGUCUACUUGUUCCAAGCAGCUGAUAUACUUAAUAUUGGACUUUUAAUUUUUAACUACACCAUUUUAUUUUAGGACAUACAUUUUAUAUAGCUAUUAACCCUUACAACACCGGGCGGGUCUUUUUGCAGUGACCUACUUUUUUCCCUGUGACCCAAGACCGUCUUGUUUCAUCAGGCGAUAUUUUUCCCUGUUACCCAGGCGUGACUAUUUGCCACAUAGAGGGGUAUCUAAUAUAAACACAAAAACGAGGAUAUAACCUUUCACCACAUUCUUGGGUAGAAUGUUUAUUUGUGAAAGGAAUAGUCAAAUUUUAUAAUUUACCUUUUAAAUUAUGAAAAUUGACCAAUUACUGAGUUUUUUUGUGUGUGGAUCUAUAUUUGUUGUUUCAUACAUGGUGCUCAGCGCUACCUGGCGCUAUUGUUGAUGACCACUUACAUCCGCUUGAUGAAAUCUUUUGUUCUGAAACUAUUAUUGAACUUUUAUUGGGACUAGACGAUUCUGAUGCUGAUGAAGAAGAGGGUGAUGAAAUUACUGAAGGAAGUAGGCCUACCAUAGCUCAAAAUUUACACCUACAGGAGCCUGUAGGUUUCACAAUUUUUAGAUCUAGUGCCAACGUAGAUAUUGAUUUCGAUGAAGAUCGACAGGGGUUGGGGGAGGAACAAAGAGGCCCGGAUGCCUUAUAACCUCCUAGAGUGCCCUUGCCAUUGAAAAGUUUUUAAAGAAAAUGCUCUCCUUAUUCAGCCGUUUCAGAAUAAAGCAAGCAAGAGCUUUUGCAGCUAAGAACUUUGAUGAUGAUGCAAGUGAUGAAGAUGAUGACCUUUCAAAAGCUUCAAUCAACUUUAAAUUUGUUUCUAGUUAAUGUGAAUGACACACUUGCAACCAGGGCAAUGGGAUCAUAAUUGUGUUUGCAGUACAUUGCCUUUAUUCGUCACCUUGUGAAUUUGUCAAUUGCUGCCAGAUUGUGGGAUGCCAUCUUUCUAAUUUUUUAACUGCAACUCUUGGAUGACUGAGUUUGUGGCUCUGUGCCUGGAUUAUGAAUCUGCUACACAACCUGGUCAGGUAACCGGUGAAACAGCAUCUCUUUUCAGGUAUUCCUUUACUACUGAGGUUUUCAAACACACUCCGAGAUCUUGUAGCUGUGAAAUCUUAAUCUUGAAGAUGUGAAAUGUUCAUCUUGUAGCUGUGAAAUUUUCAUCUUGGAGCUGUAAAAUAUUCAUCUUGUAGCUGUGAAAUAUUUAUCUUCUUUUUGUGAAAUGUUCAUCUUGUAGCUGUGAAAUGUUCAUCAUUGAGCCUAAUGUUUUUUUUAAUCUUCUUUCAUAUAUAUAUAUUUUUUUUUUUACAUUUUGUAUAUUUAUAAAUAAAAAAAUCUGAAAAAAUUUGCCAUGAAAUUUUGAUAUAAAAAAAAAGAUAAUUCAGUUUUUCUUAAAUUUUCUAAAAUUUAAAAAAAAAAAAAAAUUUCUGUAAAUAAAAUAGCCCCUCUCAGAAUAACAAGGUUAAACCAGAUUCUGAAAAUAGUAACACAGCCAAACUUAGCCUGUCAUAUUUUAUCACCACUUAGUUGUGUUUGUAGUUUCAAAUGAAAGUGGCUCAUAAAUUCAUGGCGAUAAUAAGAUGAAUAAGAAUUUUACUUUAAAAAACAAACUUUUUAUUAUCAUGUCAUGUAAUUAUGAAAAAAAUAAUUCUUUUGAUGAUUUAAUUUUGGCAAUUAUUAGGCCUCAAUGUAUACAAUUACUUCAAUUUUAUAAAUUAAAUUUUAUAAAAAAAAAAAAAAAAGUAGACAAAUAGUUAAAAUAAUUAACAGUCUUUUGUACAGCAAAAUGUGAUUUUAGCAUUGUUUAAAAUUGGAUUUAGUUUUUACCACUACUUAUGAAUGUGUGUGAGAAGGGAUCAGUGUGUACAUAGUCCAUAGGGUAAUGUGUGCCUGACAGAGAGUUUAAUUGCAGGGCAAGUUAUAUUUAUAAUUUUACUUAUUAUUUUUAUCUGUUGUUAAAAAAAUAAAUAAAACAAACGAAUUUUAUAUCUUUGAUAAAAAUUAAACCAUUCACAAUUAUUAUACAGGUAUAUUAUUAAAACCCAAA